AUGAGCAGCAGAGAGGCUCUGGUGGCGGAGGCGGAGGGGCUGAAGCUGCACCUCGCCGGCGGCAGCACCACCGGCUACAAGGGGGUGCGCAAGCUCACCCAGCAGGCUGGCCGCUUCGAAGCGCGUCGCUACGAGGGGAGCCGGACCAUCUACAUCGGCGUCUUCGACACGGCGGUGGAGGCGGCGGUGGCGUAUGCGCGGGCGAUCGGCGAGUACCAGCCUCCGACAGUGUCUGCGGAGGCGGAGGGCUUUCGCUUGCAACUCUGCAGCAACGGCACUGGCUACAAGGGGGUGUGCAAGCAGCCCUCUGGCCGCUUCAAGGCGCACCCCAAGGUGGGCGACAGGAAGGUCUACCUCGGCACCUUCGACACGGCGUUGGAGGCGGCGGUGGCCUGCGCGCGGGCUGUGGGGGGGAGGCGGACGUAG